UAUCUUCCCGCCAUUUUGCUCAAAGGGAGAGAGAGAAUCUGAGAGGGGGAGAGAACGAAACCCUAAGAGAGAGAAUCUGAGAGGGGGAGAGAGGUUGCUUGAUGGAAGAGGAAAUCAAAGAAGAAUUUAAGAAGAGCGGGUUCUCUCUAGACGAUGAAGAAGAAGUCCUCAAGAAAUGUCUUACUUUCUGUAUAAAUUACAAUCUGAAGCCAUCAGACCUCGUCUCGAGCUGGGAGGUUUACUAUCUCAAUAGGCUACUUGAUGAAUCGACGGUUCGAAAUGCUGAAAUGGAUGGGUUUUUGUUGCACCUGCAGAAUGAACAGAAAGAAGCCGUUGUUAAAGAGGAACCCGAUUUGUACAUCUAUUCAAGCAAAGAUGUGGACAUGAUCUUGAAUUACGAUGAAGAAGAUAUGAAAGAAGAAGUUCCCGGGACCCCAACAGACAAAUCUUUAAAACUCAACUCAGAUCCAUUCAAUUCAACACCCAAAUCGUAUGGAAAUGGCUAUUCUUCUGGUAAACCAUCAAAACUUGUGACACCGUUUGGACGGCGGACUGAUAAGUUUGUAGUCAAAUUCAACAUCAAUAGCCUUCCUGUGGUGGAUAACAAUGAUGGUGAGCAUGACCAUGGGAAUCUUGAGGAUGAAAUUAUUAGGAGGGCUCAACCCUGCAAGAGGUGUUCUUUGAUGGUCCAUAGAUUGGGGCCAGAACCUGGUUGCAGGUUCAUGUAUGACAAGAUUGAAGAUAGGUUUAAUGCACUAGAAAAUCGCAUUAGAAAGCAUGCAACUGUGCUCUUUGCUUCUGGGCUGUAUAAGGAACCAAUGGACCCAACAGUUGCUUCACAGAGAAAUAUAUUUGCUGUCGGAAUGAUCUGUUGUGAUGGAGAAGGGCGUUUAAAUGAGAAAUCCAUCAUGUUGCAAAGCAGUGUUGAGCAUUCUGGAGGCUGCAAUGCUCGUUUAGAAUUGCAUAACUUGAGCCAAUUCUCCAUUUUUCCAGGACAGAUUGUAGGUAUUGAAGGUCAAAAUCCUAGUGGACAUUGUUUGAUUGCAUCUAAACUGGUGGACUCAGUUCCUUUAUCUGCCACUGUUGCUGUGAAUCAGCAUCCUACAAAGAAGCAAGCUUUGGAUCUGGUGGUUGAGUCAACCGAUUCUUCUUUUGUACAAAAGGAGAUAUCAGCUCUUAUUGCUUCGGGCCCUUUCACCACAACAGACAACUUAUUCUUUGAGCCUCUGACAGAGCUGCUUGCAUAUGCGGGCAGAAAGUUACCACAAUUACUUGUACUGAUGGGACCAUUCAUCGACUCUGAACAUCCAGAGGUUAAGAAAGGGGCUGUAGACAGGAGCUUUGAUGAGUUGUUUUGUCAGGAAAUUCUGAGAAGGUUGCAAGACCAUGUGGAAUAUGCUGGCUCUAAUGUGCGUGUGAUUCUUGUUCCAUCUAUACGGGAUGCUCAGCAUGAUUUUGUUUUCCCACAGCCUGCUUUUGAUAUUCAUCUCCCCAAUCUCGAACAUCAGAUAACUGGUCUCACAAAUCCAGGAAUUUUUGAAGCAAAUCAGGUCAAAGUAGGCUGCUGCACAGUGGACAUUCUAAAACAGAUAAGCGGCGAGGAGAUGUCACGAAAUCCAACAGAUGGAACACCCAGUGAUCGAAUGAGUAGACUUGCAAACCAUAUUAUCAGUCAGCGCAGCUUUUAUCCUCUAUAUCCGCCAGCUGAAGAAGUUCCAUUGGACUUUUCACUUGCUCCAGAAGCUCUUCAGAUUACCUCGAUUCCAGAUAUUCUCAUCCUGCCUUCAGAUAUGAAGUACUUUAUAAAGGUGUUGACCCUUGGUGAAGGGGAAGAGCAAAGGAAGUGCAUUUGCAUAAACCCAGGAAGACUGGCAAAGGGAGAGGGAGGUGGCACUUUUGUAGAGCUUAACUACCAAGGAAGUCCUGACAAGAUGAAUGCUUCAAUUAUAGGCAUAUAAAUCUUCGACGCAAGCUCUUUUAAGUAAUGUACCAAACUUGAAUGUUCCUCCAAAUGGCUCAGCAGCUGGUGCACAAUAUCAGAAUUGAAGGUCUAACACAGCUAAGUUAAAAUUUGUUGGAUCAACAUUGUAAUAGAAGUUAAACUAAAUGCAUAGGUUGAGUGAUUUGGGAGGAUUUCAGACUUCCCGUCCUCCUGAUGCUGCAUUAGUGCCAGUGAUGACCCCCGUAAUCGACUUGCUAUCUCGUAACAAUCGAACAGUAUAUCAGCUGUACAAGUGAUUUGGUAUUAGACACAAUGUUGUAUUCACUCACUUCCUUUCAAUGUUCUAUGCAGUUAUCAAUUUGCUCUUACAGAA